GCGCCUGCCUGCUGGGAAGGGUGGGGCGGCCAGCCUGGCCCGGACGGAUGGGUCAGGAUGACAGCCUGUUCCUCUUUUUCACUCUGGUCUCUGCCCAAGCAGGCGCAGCGAUUCCGUGGCGUGUCGCGAUCCGCUUACAGCAGAGGCAGGCGUGGAGACAACCUGGUCUGCACAGAACUGAGUCUGACUGGAACCACAGUCUAGGGCAACCUGGAUUCCUCUGGAGGGUUCCAGCAGUCCGGACACAGCCAUGCACUGCUCCUGCUCCUCCUCUUGGCCAGUGGGGCUGAGGCCUUUCGCAUCUGCGCCUUCAAUGCCCAGCGGCUGACGCUUCCCAAGGUGGCCAGGGAGCCUGUGAUGGACACCUUAGUUCUGAUCCUGGCUCGCUGUGACAUCAUGGUGCUCCAGGAGGUGGUGGACCCGACUGGCAGUGCCAUCCCCCUUCUGCUUCGAGAGCUCAAUCGAUUGGAUGACUCUGGGCCCUACAGCUCCCUGAGCAGUCCCCUGCUGGGGCGCAGCACAUACAAGGAGAAGUAUGUGUACAUCUACCGGUCUCACAAGACGCAGGUCCUGGAUUCCUAUGUGUACGAUGAUAAGGAUGACCUCUUUGCCCGGGAGCCCUUUGUUGGCCAGUUCUCUUUGCCCAGCAAGGUCCUUCCCAGCCUGGUGCUGGUCCCGCUGCACACCACUCCGAAGGCUGUGGAGAUGGAGCUGAAUGCCCUGUACGACGUGUUUCUGGAUGCCUCCCAGCACUGGCAAAGCAAAGACGUGAUCCUGCUUGGGGACUUCAAUGCUGACUGCGGUUCACUGACCCAAAAGCGCCUGGACUCCCUAGUCCUCCGGACGCAGGCAGGCUUCCAGUGGGCGAUUGCGGAUGGGGUGGACACGACAGUGCGGGCCAGCACCCACUGCACCUACGACCGCAUCGUACUGCACGGGGAGCGCUGCCAGGGCCUGCUGCGCUCCGCAGCUGCCUUCCACUUCCCCCGCAGCUUUGGGCUCACCGAGGAGGAGGUAAUGGGCGAGGCCAGAACAGGGUCACAGGGAAGCCCCCCAGCUGCAAGACUGAUGCUGUGUCCCACUGCCCCCUCAGGCCCUCAACAUCAGCGACCACUACCCUGUGGAGGUGGAGCUGAACCGGGCGGCGCACAGGCUGCCGUGCCUCAGCCUGGCCACGGUGCUGCUGCCAUCGCUGCUGCUGCUGCCACUCUUGCCCCCACAGCUGGGCCUGGUGGCCUGAACCCACCCGUACCUGCUGCCCAGCCCUGGGCGAUGCUGCCUUCAGGACUCAAACCUGGGGGGAGGGUUAGCUCAGGGGUGCAUGCUUAGCCCGCACAAAGUCCUGGGUUCAAUCGCCCGUACCUCCGUUAAAAACAAAUAAAAAUAUUAAAAAUGAAAAAAAA